AUAUGGGUACGUUGCGUGACUAACCUCGCUGUAAACAACGUCACAUGAUCGAGGUUUCUCGGAAAGCGCGUCGAAACAUAAGCGCAUUUUCGAGCGGUUUAUAAGAAAAAGAAGAAUAGAGGAUUUGGUUAAGAAAAUUUCACGGCAUUCGCAUAAUAUGGCGAAUCAGUUGACUCAGAGAGUUGGUCUUUUUAAUUGUGAUGGCACUUAUAAGCUGGAUGCGGUAGAGAGCCUUUUAUUAGGAGUGCAGAAGAAACAUGGCUUCAAGUUCUCAACUGACAAACGCUAUUUUAAUGUGAAUGAAAUGCCAAAGUUUUGCGAAACCACUCUUCCUCAACUGGAGAUGGAUUUUGCCAUUUUUGUCGUCCAUGCAGAGGAAUCCCGUCUCUCAAUCAACGAAGACAACGCUGGUAUUGGUUACACAAAGAUCUAUAGAGCAUUGCUGCAGGCCACAGAUGGCAGGGUGUUAAUAGUGAUUGGUGGAGACGAGCACUACACAGAUGAAGACGAAAGAGAUCGUACUGUGAUCUCACGUUGGGCUCGAAGGAAAGUGGCUUCACAGUUCGAUGAGGAAUACCUUGAUGGAAGAAAAAGUUUCAUUUUUUCCUGGAACAAACAACACCGAGAGAUCCACGAAGAAGCGCUGCUGCAUUACUUUGAUCCAAGAAAAAAAGGGCAGAAGUUCGAAUAUCAGCCAAAGCCAAAACUAGUACCCAUGCCAAAACCUGAAGAACCUAAAAUUACUUCGCCAGCAGUCAAAGACAUCCAGCGAGAGACAGUGAAGAACGUCGAUGCCACGGGGAAGUUACUGCCGAAAGUUGACAAUGACCCUCGGCCAAGAUUCGUCAGAGAUCAGCCGAAAGAGGAACGGAAACUUGGUUAUGGAGCCACCUAUCCGGUUGCCGACUACCCUGCAAAUACAAUGCUGCUGGAUACGCGCAUGCGUUAUGGCGAGAUCUCUUACGAACCAAAGGACGUUUUGAGGCGGGAGGACCACUGGCAGCCCUCUGAAAAACACAAAUCAGAUCUGAGGAAGCGCCAUGGGUCAACAAAUGAUGCUAAAGUACAGUUUGUCAGUCAGGGAAACGGCGAAAUUACAAUGCAUGUCGUUGACGUCACUCCUUGUUGGCAUACAAAUCGGUUGCCUAUUGUUGUUGCUGUUGUUGUCGUGGUCGUUGUCAUUGUUGUUGUUGCUGUUGUUCUGUCUGAAUAAACUACAGAGUGAGAGCAAUAAGGAUAAAGGACCCGCAUGAAAACCAAUUCAGGCGAAAUACUGUAAUUUUUUUAUUUAUGUAGCGUCAUGAACCUUUAUUCGUUGAAGAGUCUGCCAAAAUAGUAUUGUAAAACAUAAUCAGAAAACAGAAUCAUAACACCUUCAAAGAUGUUACGCACAAGAUAGAGGGUGCCUUUCAUUAAGAACAAUGGAGUGGGAAAUUAAAAAUAGCGCGACAUUUUCCGAGCAAAUUGUUCAAAUCGAGUAAAGCGGCCUUCACACGGCAAAAUUAAGUUGGCAACUCGUGUUGGCAAACUUCAAAAAGUUGGCAAACUCGUUUCACACGUCAAACUCGCGUCAAAUCACAACACACGGUAAUUUGCAACAUGGCCGACUUAUGCCGUGUUUUCAUGAGAGGUUUACUACGGUUACUGCGUACCGAGAUUUCGUAACUAAUCCGCAGUUUUUAGAGAAGCUGUUUACACGAAACUAAUAAACUAAAGUAGACCGCAUAUAACGGACGGUUUGAGGUUUUCUCGGAAAGCAUGCGCAAGUGCUGCAAUGUUGCUCAGAAACUAUUGGAAAAUUAUAAAAUUUGACUUUACCCCUAUGCCGAACGCAGAUCGUUGUAAGUUUGCUUGAGGUGAUGUCGAGCCUAACUCUCCUUAAAUGUAAAGCUUUAUAGAUGAAUAGUGGAAAGAAAAUUUUGGUAUCUCGCUGAACCUCUUCCCGGAAAAAGCCCUGAAACGGCAUCUGCCAGGGAGCCCGGGCUAUGUAAAUGUUUACCGCUACUUCUUCCUAUUAAGGGGUGGCUUUAAAUUCUAACAUUUGCUUUUCUUCUCCAUAGACCGCAAUUAUGAUUUUUUUUCUCUCUAUUUUGGGUAGGUCUUCUUCUAGUUGCGCCUGCCUGUACACUGCUACUAAGCUACUGAGCUUCUAACAGAAAGGAAAGGCUUACGGCACUGGACGAUGAAACAGCAGUCCGGGAUUUCUUUGCCUAACUUGAGUUUAUUUAGCUUUUGCCCGUUGACUUGAAACCUACCUACAUUAGGAGGAAUCUUUAUCUAUUUUUCUCUUUUUACACGCUGCACGCGCGAACACUUGCUGCCAAGAUAACACGACAACGUCUGCUUUUCCUCGGUUACCGUCGGUUACUGAGCUAAACCAUGCCUGAUGAGGCGUUCAACUGUCGACAA